AUCUACAUCAGCAACACGUAAUAUUGUUAUCAAUGUUUAUUUCAAUAAGUAAUGAGUAAUAAAUUAUUAUUGGGAUUUGGGAAUAAAUUAUUUAUUUUAUGUCAACUCCAAAACACUUAUCGACUGUGAGUCAUAGUAUUAGUAGUUCAAUUCGAAUAUUUCUUUCGGUUUUUUGCUGUGUCGAACACGCUAUUACCAGUAUAAAAUGGCAAACUUUGCAUCACCAAUGCCGUCCAGGGAGUUUUUAUGGGAUGUGUUUCAAAGGUGAGUGAAAGUAACUGUUUAACUGAUAGAUUUUGACUAGUUGUGUCCAUUAAUUUGGUUGUGUAGGGUAGAUAAAGAUAGAAGUGGAUUUAUCUCGUCUGAUGAAUUACAAAUGGCGCUUUCCAAUGGCACUUGGACUCCGUUCAACCCAGAAACCGUCCGUCUGAUGAUUGGCAUGUUCGAUAAGCACAGUAGAGGUACUGUGUCAUUUGACGAUUUCGGCUCCUUGUGGAAAUAUGUAACUGAUUGGCAAGCAUGUUUUCGAUCGUUUGAUCGCGAUGGCUCGGGCAACAUAAAUGUAACUGAACUCAAAGAUGCCCUAUCAUCAUUUGGUUAUAGACUAAGCGAACAGAUUGUAUCAGUUAUGCUUAAACGAUUCGACCGUUUUGGUCGUGGCACAAUACUUUUUGAUGAUUUCAUACAAUGCUGUGUUGUAUUACAUGUAUGUCCUAUUAUUAUUAGUUUUUGAUUAAAAUUCAUAACCAAUUAAAUCUAUUGUAUUAUUUAAAUAUGUUAUGGAAUUUUAUUUAAUUUUAACAUUUUUUUUUUUAUUUCCAGACCCUUACUGCUUCAUUUCGCCAAUUUGAUACUGAUCAAGAUGGAUAUAUUACAAUUCAUUAUGAGCAAUUCCUGAACAUGGUAUUUGGUUUGAAAAUUUAAAUUCAUUAGGUACCUAUUAUGCAACUAUUUUGUCUACAGAGCUAGGUAUCAAAUGUAAAGGAUAUAAUUAAUUAAUUGUGUAGGUAACAUCAAAUUUCAGUUGUUAAAUUAUUAUACUAUAAUAACUGUUAUUUCAUAUGUCAAAUUGAUUCUACAUGCAUGUGAUAUUUUUAAAUUAUCAAUAAUUUUGUACUAUUCCACAGAAAACUAGUUAUUGAAAUAAACAUAAAAUAUAAUUAUUCCUAACUUUAUUGGUG